AUGGCUGCCGUCGUGGCCAGAGUCAUCGGACCAGCUCGAAAAGAAGCAGCUCGUUCUGUCAAAAGCCUUCAAACUUCCCUAGCACCGCCCAACACUGAACUUGGGAAAAGAUUAUCUUCAAUUGAAUUAACUCGACCACAAGCGCAUCUACAAGUCUUGCGCAGUAUAGAGAUAUGUGGAAGGGAGUUGUCAGUAGAAGAGGCCAUCUAUUCAUUGCGAAUAUUAGCCGCUACUUCACCAGGCGGCCAGAAGGUUCGUCGGAUUUCUAAAGAGAUCCGCGAGCAUCCAGCUUAUGAGAACUUGCAUGAGAGCAUCGUCAAGCAGGCUACUAUAAUGCGACCGUUCGAAGUGGCCUUGGUUUACAAUAGAGCUGUGUUUUUACGCCUAUUCUCGCUGGUAGAGGAAGAAGUGAUGAGCGAUAUGUUGGAUCAAAGCAUUGCUCGACUGCAACCUGAUUCAAUUGCUGUGGUAUUGAAAGCUCUAGCUGAGGUCCGUAGUGUGCCGAAGGAGCGACUUAAGGCGGUGGAGGAAAGGUUGUUGACAGUGAUUCGUCGUGAGGAGGAAUAUAGGGAUAGACGUUUGAAGGGAAAGGGAGAGCCUAGGGCGAUGCCGCCACCAAGUUUGGGUAUUCAAGUCGCUUUACAAGCUCUGCAGAAACUAGCGGCGAUUCACGCCACGCGGGUUGGAGUAGGGAAUUGGAAAGAAAAUGAAAAAGAUGUGACUAAGCAGCUUAUAGGAGAAUUGGUACGACGAGUGAGAGCAAUGGCGGUGACAGGAGAUUUGGAUCCACAUGAUAUUAGUGCGGCGUAUGUGUCGUUGGAGAAAGCGCUGGGAAGGAAUAACGCGGCUACGAGAGAAUUGGAAAAUAUAUUGGUGACACGAGGUUUAUCAGAUCUCUCCGAGAUGGAGGUAGGUCGAUUAGCAGAUGUGGUUCAUCCUGGUACUCCGCUUCAACAAGCUGUGGCGGCUGAGUUCGGUGAACGAUCGAAGCUAUCUAUUCUCGACUGCCUUAGAUGCUGCGCUCUCGAACGUCGAUCGCAUUCAACCAUCACAUUUGUUGAGGACUCUUAG